AUGGAGUUUUUCUUCAAGUAUAUUCCACAAAAGGUAGUCAAAGGAAGGGCGGUAGCAGAGUUUCUAGCAGAUCAUCCAUCUACUAAGAUAGAUUCAGAAAUAUGUGAUGAGGUGGAUAAUCUCUACCUUGACUAUACACCUUGGACUCUUAUGUUUGAUGGAUCAAGCACUCAUGAUGGAGGUGGAGUUGGAAUAGUCAUCAUUUCUCCGAAAGGAAGGAAAACCAAAUUUUCUUUCUUCUUGGAUUUCAAGUGUACAAACAACCAAGCUGAGUACGAGGCAUUAUUUAUUGGGCUGGAGAUUCUGCUAAAGCUAAAGGUGGAGAAGGUCCAGAUUAUUGGAGAUUCCAACUUGAUACUUAGCCAAUUAUCUGAAGAAUAUAGAUGUCUUAACUGGUGUUUGAGGCCUUUCCGUUCUUUGGCCUUAGAGUUACUUUGCCAGUUUGAUGAUUUCCAACUCAAAUAUUGGCCUAGAUAUUUAAAUACGGAGGCUGAUGAUCUAACACAAUUAGCCUCUCGAGUGAAAGUCCCACCGGGUGUGGAAGAAGCUGUGAUCACAGUUAAAAGAAUAACUCUUCCUUCGGUAGAGUUACGGUAUGAGAUGGCAAGUCAUUUCCAAUCUGAAGAGCUAGAAAAAUUCAAACCUGCCAAUAAGCCAAGGGAGGUUUUCAAUAUUGAUAUAGAUGGAUUAGAUUUGGAUGAUUGGAGAACACCAAUUAUCCAAUUCUUGCAAGAGCCUAACUCCAAGGUGGACAAGAGAAUUCAGCUUUUGGCGCCACAUUACAUUAUGAUUGAUGAGGACCUCUACAAGAAGAGUAAAGAAGAUGGACUUUUGUUAAGAUGCCUUGGAAAGGAUGAAUCUAUGAGGGUAAUGGCGGAAACACACCUUGGAAUAUGCGGAGCACAUCAAGCUGGAAUCAAGAUGAGGUGGCUCCUUAUAAGAGGGUGGGCUUUGGACUUUAUUGGAAAGCUAAGGCCUCCAUCUUCAGAUGGCCAUACUCACAUAGUGGUGGCAACCGAUUAUUUCACAAAGUGGGUGGAAGCCAUUCCACUAAAGACUUGUGAGCAGUCAAUGGUGAUUGAUUUUAUUAAGAAGCACAUUAUACAUAGGUUUGGAAUUCCAGAGACUAUCACCACUGAUAGAGGUCUAUCCUUUGUUGGAAGCAAGGUCUUGGAUUAUUGUGCUGAGUGUGGUGUACAAGUGAUUAGUUCCACUCCAUAUUUUGCCCAAGCAAAUGGACAGGCAGAAGCUUCCAACAAAAAAUUCAAAAAGGUCAAGUACAGGCAUCACACCAUAUGUGCUUACAUAGGACAUGAUGAUGUCCUUCCAAUGGAGAUGACAAUCAGGUCUACAAGGGUGGCUUUCCAAAACAGGCUAACUCCAGCAGAUUACAACCAUGCCAUGUUAGGGGAAUUAGAAGACCUUGAUGAAGUUUGUCUCAAUGCUUCAGAUCAUAUUAUUGCUCAAAAGAAGAAAGUCAUGCGGGCAUACAACAAGAAGGUUAAGGCGAAGACAUUUAUAGAAGGAGACUUGGUAUAG